AAAAUAACUCCCCAACUUUUUAUUAUAUAUACAUGUUCCAAAACCUCAUCUUCAAACACGGUUUAGAUUUCUUAAACCUAUUGAAAUAUUAGUUUUCAAUAUGGAACCUCAAAACAUAACCAUGUUGAACAAUCUCAAUCCUUUGUCAAACAACUACACGCUCAAGUUGAAGAUCAUUUCCCUUUGGAGGAAAAUGAUGCACGGCCGUCCGACUGAAACUUAUCGUGUCGACAUGAUAUGUAUGGAUGAAGAGGGUCACCAGAUUCAGGCUAGCUGUAUGCAUAGGAUUUUUCCAAGGCUUAAGGACCACUUCUUCAAGCUGGAUGAAUGUCUUCUGAUAACCAGACCAUCACUUGCACCCAACAAUACAACCUACAACUACACCAAAAAUAAUCAGAAGUUAACUUUCAGAUUUUUCACCCAGAUUAAAAAAAAGUCAAGAUUGGAACGGGCCUAAGU